UUUCUCCUCCUGGCGCAGGUCCCACUUACCCCGCUUUAGAAUAGUUCAAAAGCGGCAUUCAUUCAAAAUCAUAACCAACUCUCCACUUUCUACGUAUUCCCUUAACAAUACCUUCACAUUUUCUCACAUCUCAUCUGUCUCCUUCUCGCACACAUUUCCAUAGGACUAAUUUGUUAAGAGGAAAACAUGGCACCAACAGCAAAAGAAGCAGCAGCAGCAAUGCCUGGUCGAUCGACUUCGUCGUAUAGUGAAGUCCAAGGCAACCGUCUCACUGUUUCGCUUCCUCUGCCUUCUGUCCUUAAAAAUUCCUUCUCCGUCAUUGAUGGCCCUCCUACUUCUGCCGCUGGAAAUCCAGGUGAAAUUGCAAAGUUUUUCCCAAAUCUGUUUGGGCAGCCUUCCGUGACGUUACUGCCAGGUCACACAUCAGGAGCUGCAUUGAAUCAUAAUCUUAAAAUCGGGGUUGUUUUAUCUGGAGGACAGGCUCCUGGGGGCCAUAAUGUCAUCUCGGGAAUAUUUGACUAUUUGCAGGAGAGAACAAAAGGUAGCACACUCUAUGGAUUCAGGGGAGGUCCAGCAGGGAUCAUGAACUGUAAAUAUGUAGAGUUGACAGCAGAUUUUGUGUAUCCUUACAGAAAUCAAGGUGGCUUUGAUAUGAUCUGUAGUGGUAGAGACAAGAUAGAAACCGAUGAACAGUUUAAACAAGCUGCAGAAACAGCUAAGAAACUUGACUUAGAUGGGAUUGUUGUGAUUGGUGGAGAUGAUUCAAAUACAAAUGCUUGUCUUCUAGCUGAGAACUUCAGGGGUAAAGGUUUGAAAACACGGGUUAUUGGAUGCCCAAAGACAAUUGAUGGUGAUUUGAAAAGCAAAGAAGUUCCUACUAGUUUCGGAUUUGAUACUGCUUGCAAGAUAUAUGCAGAAAUGAUCGGAAAUGUCAUGAUAGAUGCUCGUUCAACAGGAAAAUACUAUCACUUUGUAAGGCUUAUGGGUCGUGCUGCAUCACACAUCACAUUGGAAUGUGCUCUUCAGACACAUCCAAACAUUACCAUCAUUGGCGAAGAGGUUGCAGCUCAAAAGCAAACACUUAAAAGUGUUACAGAUUAUAUCGUAGGAGUAAUUUGCAAACGAGCGAAACUUGGUUAUAAUUAUGGGGUUAUACUAAUACCCGAAGGCCUGAUUGACUUCAUUCCCGAGGUGCAACAGUUGAUUGCGGAGCUCAAUGAAAUCCUGGCUCAUGAUGUUGUUGAUGAAGCUGGCAAUUGGCAAAAGAAACUCAGGAGCCAGUCUCAUGAGCUCUUUGAACUCCUACCGCAAGCAAUUCAGGAGCAGUUACUUCUUGAAAGAGAUCCACAUGGAAAUGUCCAGGUUGCCAAAAUAGAGACUGAGAAAAUGCUAAUUCAAAUGGUGGAAGCUGAACUGGAAACCAAGAGGAAGGAAGGUUCUUAUACCAAUCAUUUUAAAGGGCAGUCUCAUUUUUUCGGUUAUGAGGGCAGAUGUGGUUUGCCUUCAAAUUUUGACUCUAACUAUUGCUAUGCAUUGGGUUAUGGUGCUGGAGCACUUCUUCAUACAGGAAAAACAGGCCUGAUUUCCUCUGUGGGAAAUUUGGGAGCUCCAGUUGAAGACUGGACUGUAGGUGGAACAACGCUAACAUCUUUGAUGGAUGUGGAAAGGAGACAUGGUAAGUUCAAGCCUGUGAUUAAGAAGGCAAUGGUGGAACUAGAAGGUGCUCCUUUCAAAAAAUUUGCUUCCUUGCGAGAAGAGUGGGCUCUAAAGAAUCGAUACUUCAGCCCUGGUCCACUUCAAUUUGUUGGCCCAACAUCAAAUGAAACCAAUCACACUUUAAUGCUGGAGUUGGGAGCUAAAGCUUAAGCGAUUCCCAAAUUUGAACUCAAGCUUCUGUUCUUGGAUGUUUUUAGCAAAAUACAUUCAUCUCAUAUAGGAAAUGGACUUGGAGAACAAUUGCUUACUGUCCCAACAUGCUGGCUAUUUGUUGGGAAUUGUUCUUAUUUUUUUUCACAGGGAAAAAAGUUGUUCACAUUUUUCAUCAUUAUCUUUGAGCAAAUUGUUUUAGUCUUGCUAUAGAUUUAUGGUCUCUAUACUAGUAGCUAGCCCAAUUUCUGAAGCUAAGGUUAAAAAGAGAUAAUCUUCUCUAAUACCAAGGUUAAAUCCCUUUUAAUAUGGCUUUUGGAAAA